UCCUUGAGAGCCUUCCUCCCCCACAGCGGGGCUCCUGUCCCACUCCAACACGCGUGGUCCUCAGCACUCUUCCUUCUGACAGCAGCAGUUGCCCCAUUAUUUUCUGGCAUCACAAACACCUUUGAAAUGUUAACGGUUGUCCUUCGCAGAAAAUGCAUGGUGCGAGCCAGAACGCCUGUGUGGAAGAUCUAAUCCAAGGGGCCCCCGUUUGUAAUCUGUACUGUUAAGAAAGCCCACGCUUGACGCCUCACUGAGAAAACACACGCAUAUCCUCUGUCCUUCCCACACAUUGUCUUGUCUCCCUUUCCCUCCUUCCCGGCCUUAAUCACCCGCCUCGAAUGUUUCUAACUCUCCAUCCUCCAGCUUCUAGUGCCAGGCACCACCUAGAAAAGACAGCAGGGCCCAGCCUCAGCACCCUCAAUGUGCCAAGUGGAGUUUGAGAUGGCCUGCGCUGCCAUCAAGCAAUUGAAGGCGCCGGUGAGCGAUCAGGAGAAAUUGUUGGUGUACAGCUAUUACAAACAGGCCACCCAGGGCGACUGCAACAUCCCAGCCCCACCUGCCACCGACCUGAAAGCCAAGGCCAAGUGGGAGGCAUGGAAUGUAAAUAAAGGGAUGUCCAAGAUGGAUGCCAUGAGGAUCUACAUUGCCAAAGUGGAAGAACUAAAGAAAAAUGAAGCUGGUUAGGGAGGACAGGGCAGCAGGGUGGCUCUGGUAGGGAAGGAGGCAGUUUAAAGACCUUUUGAGGGCCGAAGUGUCCUGAGGCUGUAACCACCACCGUAGCUGAGACCUCAAUAAAUCACUUUAACU